AUGAAAGAUUAAACAAAUCAAAACUUAUUAAGAAAAUACAUCCUAACGAAUUUGAGAAUUCUCUUAGUCGUUCAUUAAAAAAGUUUAAGAAUAUACUCUAUGCUGAAAUAUAUUUUCCUCUUUUUAGGAUAAUUGCAAAGCUCUUUUUUCUAUCUAUUUCCAUGCUACCUCUCUUCUCUUAAAAUGUUUAACAAGUUCAUACUGAUAUAUCUCAUAAGACCUGAUUUGCUUUUAAUUGAUAAUGUUAUGAUUGAUAUUGAAAACAAAUACCUCUUUAUAAUCCCACUUUUAAGCAUAAUCGUUUUUGAUGUAUUAAUUUUACAAGGGCAAGUGCUUAUUGAAUAUCAGAAUAAAAAGCUUUCUCAAAAUCAGCAUUAACAAAUAAUCAUUAAAAGUUCCAUAUAAAAAUUGAUCAUCAAUUUGAAAUCAUUAUACUCACAACUGUUUAUUGUUUAUUUGUACAUACCUGCUCAAGUAUUACCAUUUACAUCUUUUGCCUAUUCUGACGCCAUGGAAGAUUUUGAAAUUCUUAUCUUAAGUAUAAUUACAGUGAUAUCUAACAUUUUUUUCUAGUUGUUGAAAUUGAAUGUUAGCAACACCACAAUGGACCUAUGCAUUACAGGCUACGAAAGAUUGCAUUUUACAAAAAUAGAUUUUCUCAGAGAAAUAGUUAUCUUAAUAUAAGUCAUAUUAUAUGGUAUCAUUGAAGAUGUUGGAAGGGCUUAAAUAGCAUAAGGCCUAUUAUCAAUUUUAGUAAGUCUCUCAUAUAUAAUCAAUAUUUUUGCCGAUAAAACAAUCGUUGUUGAAAGCUACAUAAAAUUAACCUUAGUAACUCAAAUUUGUUUGUUAUCCUUGAUCUCAACUUCCCUCUUGGAUUUUUGGCAAUUAGGAUUACUAUUGAUUCCCAUUCUAAUUUUUGUUGGAUUUAGCUAUAGAAACCAAGAUAUUUUUAGAUUAACUACAAGUAUCUCUGAAAUUAAGUGCAUCUCCAAAAUCAUUUAAUACAUUUCAUAUCAAAUUAAUAAUCAUUCCAAUCACAAUUCAACAAUAGACUAGAUCUCACACUCCAUACUAUUAAAUUUUCACAGAAGGAAAUGCAAUGAUGCUGGAUGCUACUGUAAUUUAAUUUCUGACAAAACAGAUGAACCAUUAAAAGUCCUUUAUGUUUCAGACCUUAUCCAGAAGAAAUUUGUAAUUAGCAAAAUAAAACAAUGGAAUAAAGAGUUGAAAAAGAAAAGAUCAGAUCACUCAGAUUAACAUUGGAUUUAUUACAUUAGUACUUUAAAUCAUUAUGGCCUCACGUCUCUUGCAUUUCAAGAAUGUAAUAGAUUAUUAUCAUUACAAAAUUCUAUGAAUCGUGGUUUUACAUAUCAGAAUGAAAUAAAUUCUUCAUCAUAAAAUCACCAGUAGUAAAGUCUACCUUCUCAAUAAAGUGGAUCCUAGUUACCUCGAAAAACAUAGGCAAAAUUAUCAAUGAAUUCACUUGAAUUGAAGUCAAAUCUAAAGUUAAGCAUUAGAAACUAAACACUCACUUUGUUAUCAUAGAUGAAAUUAGAAUUAAUUAGUAAAGAUAUAAGAUUAGAGUUAUAAAACAAUUUCUUAAAAAUAUAGAGUAAAUAAUAGGAAGAAACAGCUGAAGCAAUAUAGUUAUAUUUAUUUAGUGAGCAACAAAAUUAAGCUGUUAAACAUUAAGUAUUAAGAUGUUUGUAAUAAAAAUUAUAGUUUUAUAAUUUUAUAAUAAACAACAAAAGCUAAAGAUCUCAUGAACUCUUUCGCAAUGCAAAAAUCUUAUCAAAUUCAUUUCUUAAAUUAGAAAAAAAGCUACUAUAAUAAUAUUCACAAUUUCCAAGCUAGAAAAUAUAAUCGAUAAAUUGUUUUUUCCAAUCAGAAUUACUAAAUAAUUAUUUGACCGCAUAUAAGCUGGCCAAUUUCAGCACAAUAGCAGAUGAAAAGUUAUUAAAUAUGAGAAAAAACAUUAAAAUCAAUUUAUUCGGAAAGAAUGUUGUAUACAUGUUGAUGAAUUUAAAUGAAGGCAUGUAGACAAUGAACAUUUAUCAAUUUAGCAAUAAUGCCUAUGAUUUUUUGUAAAUCAGCUAUGAGGAAUGUAUGAAAGUGUAUAAGACAAUUGAUAAUUUAUUACCUCAAGCAAUGCUAAAUGAGCAUCAUUUGUUAGUUUAAAGGUUUAUAAUACAAGGAACGAGUAAGUAUUUCAGAAAUAUUAGCUUGAGCUUUAUCUAAUAAUUGAAUGGACUUGUUAAACCAUUUAAUUUGAUUGUAGACAUAAUUAUGAAUUAGACUAACAAUUUAUCUUUUGUGGCAUUUUUUGAAGAGGUUUCCAUAACUAAUUGUUAUAUAUUAGUUGAUGUAAAUGACUAAUGUGGAGGUAUCACCUAAAAUUUAUUAGAGAAAUUAGGAUGGAAACAAAACGAAAUUAAACAGUAUUCUGAAUAAAUCAAUCAUGCUUUUUAAGUUAACAUAAAUUAAAUAAUUCCUAACUUCAACGAAUUAAAGCUUUCCCAAAAGGAAUAAAAGUUUUACAACACUCCAAUAAAUCUAUUAACAAAGAAAUCCAUCACUACUUUUCAAUAGAAAUCUCUCGUUUUCGCUCACGAUUCUUGGAAGAAUAUGGGAAAUUUAAUUAGUUUAAGUGGAACUAUUAUACUAUAACCAAGGGAGUUGUGCGGUUAUUACUAUUAUAUCAUAGAAAUAGAGGACAUUAGAUUAUCUUAAACUUUAUCUCAAAUGGGCACUUAAGGCAAGGCUUUUACUAUUUAAUUGAAUGAGGUUGAAAAUACAAAUAACGACAUUGAAGUUAGUGAUUUGGUUGUUUCUGGUUCUGAGGCAGGGAUAAAUAAACCUCAAUCAUUAAAUAUUUUUGCAUUAUCAUCAUCUGUAUCAGAGCAAGAUUAAGAAAAUGCAUUUUCCCAUCAAUAAUUAUAGGCUAUUCUUCAUGGAUAGGAAAUCUAAUAAGAUAGAGGGACGACUGCAUCGAAGUUAAUUUAAUAGAAUCCAAAUUAUUAAUAUUAAGAAUAUAAUUUAGAGGAUGCUAAAAAUAAUGAAAAACAGAAUUUAGGUGAUGUAAAUCCUAAUCAAAGUAUUCGAAAAUUAAUGGACACAAGCAAAUCUUUUGCUUAAUAAAGGUUUUUUAAUUUAGAAAUCUAAGAUUUGGAUUAAUCAAAUAGUAAAAUAAGUGAUGCUAUCUAAAACUAAAUGAAAGAUGUCAACCAAAUGUAUGAUGUGGAUCUUAAUAAAAUUGAUAAAGAAAUGAGAGAAAACAUCAGACUUUAAUUAUAGCUUGAACUUGAUUAAAAAAAUUAAGCCAAUUAACAAAUGGAUGAUGCUGCUUCUCAAGUUUCAUCUCUAAUAGGAUUGAAAAAAUCUCUAUUUUAUAAAAAGUAUGAACUUAUAAAUAGAUUAAUGGAAAGUAAUUUAAGACCGAGUUCCUAUAGAUACUGCAAUUUACUGCUAUUUCUAUCUUAAAUAAUAGUUAUUAUCUUCUGCCUCAUCAUAUUAACGAAUCUUAACGAUGAUUUUAAUAGAUUUAUUUAAGAAGUAGAUAUGCUCCUAUUUAGCUAUAGCUUUAUGACUCCUUUUGAUAUAUUCUUGUCUCUGAGGUUUGCAACUGUUUAUUACUCUUUUGGGACGUUUGUAGGUGAAAUUAAACCUUCUGAAAAUAUCUAAUUUGGGAAUUGGUUAGCCAGCCAUUUAGGCGAAGGUUACGACGUGAUGAAGGGAAAUUUCUUAGAACAAUUUUCUAAUCCAUAUAUUUUAGAGUUUUUUACAGAUGAAAAUUUUGAUGUGCUCUUUAUGAAAAAGAACUCUUCAGACAUGGAAUAGAAAACAAUUUCCUUUAGAGAAUCCUUAAAUGUUUUAUUACAAUAUCAAUAUUAAUUUAAGAUUGCAUAUGAACAGAAAACUUCUUUGGUUUCUUAAGCGUUUUCAGCAUAUCCUUAUGCAAACUAUUUAAAUCUGCACGAUAAGUUUGAUUUUUUGACAACGAAUAUCCUUGAAUAUACGAAAAAUAGGACAGAAGCAGUUUAGCAGAAUUGGACUUGGAUUUGGAUACCUUUUCUUAUUAUUGAUUUUCUGUUAAUUUUCGGUUGCUAUCAAUUUUAUAAAAGCUAUAUGCAAAUAUAUGAAAACUUUUUGAAUCUAUUUAAAUAUGCUGAAACUAUUUGGAUCAAUAGAGAUAUGGAGAGGUAUAAAAUUUUAAUUAACAUUUUAAAUAAGAAUUCUGAUGUGAUGUUCAAAUAUCAAUUUGAUUUAGAGCAAAAAGAAAAAUAUAUGAUGGCAGAGAGAUAUAAAUUGGAAAAUCAAGGACUUCAUGAAAGUAAGAAGAAGAAAAGCUAUAAAGAUUAUCAUUAAAUACCUACAUUGAUUGGAUUGAUUUGUCUCUCUGCUUUAUUCUCAGUAUUUUUUGUUUCAUCUUUAAUAAUUCAAAUGUAGACUAAUGAUUAUCUUGAUAGAUAUACUAAUACAGCAGACAUCUAUAAAUAUAUUGGAGAUCUAUGUUUUCAAAUACCAGGAUUGUUUUCUUAGAGGUAAUUCUUAUAUUGGUGGUUUUUAUAUUACCCAAAUGAUAAUGAUAAACCUAGAAUGACGACUCGACUCUUUGAUGGAAUCGAAAGUUGUAGGAAAUUUGAUACUACGAUGCAAUAUUUUAAUUAAGAAACCUACUUAACCACUGAAACUUUUGUUGAUUCUUUAAACAAUUUAACUUAGAAACCGGUUUGCAACUUCUUUAACCAAACAAUAUAAGAGGAUUACUCUUUUUACUGCAAUCGAUCAUAUGAAGGAGCUUUGACAAUGGGAAUUACAUAAGCUCUUAUUUAUAUAGCAAAUUCAUUUACAACAUUGUAUGAAUUAAACAAUUUUACUUCCAUAGUCAAAUACUAUAAGUAUGAAGCAGAGGGAAUGUAUAUAAUUGUUAAGGGAUUGAUUGAACUAGUAAGCUUAUUAAAGGAGGCUUUACUUCAAGCCACAAGUUCGCACAUGGAUUAAAUUAUAGGGUUAAGUGUAUUUCUUUUAGUAUUUUAAAUUUUAAUAUUCCUUCUUCAAUUUUUUAUCUUGCAUAGAUAUUACACACAUGAAUACUAAUUAGUGAGAAGAUUUAUGCUAUUAUUACCCUCCUCAACAGUCCUAUUAGAUGACAAUUUUGAAAGAAAUAUUAGAGUAUUUUACACAUAAUAUUAAAUUUGA